AUGCUUGGCACUUCCUCUGUAUCAUCCUAUUGUCGUGGGCGAGCCAAAAGUAUGUCAACAGAAGAAUCAAACAUGUUUUUUAAUAAUAAUAAUGGAGUUGUUAAAAAAGUAGAAAAAAAGCAAAAAAGAGCAGAAGCAAAUAGAAAAUAUCAAGAAGCAUAUAGAAUUAAAGGAGUUGAAGCUCGCCAAAAAUUACCAGAAUUGUAUGCACGUAUUGCUGAAUUAGAAAGAGAAAAUUCAAUUUUAAAAGACUUGCUUUGGAAACAAAGAGAUCCUCAAAGUUGGGAAGCUGCUCAGAAUCAACAAUCGUUAAAACAAGAACAACAAACAAAUAAUAUUAUGUUCACUCAAAAUGUCCCUUAUGUUAGCAUAAGUCGGCCUCCGCCAAUUAGCAAAAAACCAAAUCUUUUUGAUGUCAAACAGCAAAGCUUUUCUUGCCAAGAUUUAAGCAUAAAUGAUGGGCAUUACUCGCCACAACAACAGCAGCAACAAUUUAAUAUUAACCAAAUACAUAAUGGGGAUAUUUGGAAUAAUAGUUUGAAUAAUGAAUAUAACAAUUUUAUAUCGUCCCUUGACGAUGAAAAUCUUUUUUAUCGCCGUGCCCGCUCCUGUUCAAUAAAAUCACGUUCAGAAACUGAAAUGAGUUUUGCUUCAGCACAAGAAGAAAAUCUUUGGCUUUCUUCGAAUAUUUUUGGAGAAAAUAUAUCACAAGAACAUUUAAAUCAACAACAAAAUUUAAAUAUACAACAACAACACCAACAAGUUGGAAGGGUUGCAUCUUGUUCAGAAAUGCUCCAAUCUUUCCCAGAUAUGUCAAUAAAUUGUGAAGAUUCUAAUCAAAAAUUUGAUAAUUCUCUGAACAACCACUCUACUAAUGUUCCAACUUACCCAAUCUCAAGACAAUCAUCAUCUCCUCAUAUUGAGGGAUUUUUUGCGCCUCCAUUUGCCUUUGAUAUAAUGAUUGACCAAAAUGCUUCAAAUUCUGUAAUUCCUAAUAAUUUUGGGGGAAAUAUAUCAACACUUCAGCAACAGCAACAACAACAACCGCUACUAUCAACAAUUAAUGAAGACACACCUAGAAUGUAUACUGAAGCUCUAACAAAUGUUACUUUAGAAACGCCAAUGUAUCUUUAA